GUCGAGGGUGUGUAUCCGCAAUGACAACAGGAAGUGGCUGCAUACUGGUUUAAUCGCUGUUUAAUACACUCUUCGUCUCAGCUGACAGCUCGGGAGCCGCGCAAGACUGUUAAGACGCAGAAACUCAUGACUGCAGUUUUAAUCGAUAACUUACUCGCCAGGAUGACGGCGCCUGAGGAGGCCUGAGCUCGGUUUCUCACAGCGCGCGUCCUCGCCACACACCCAGAGCAGCUCGACACUGGACAUCGCUAACCUUAUUUAUAGAAGAAGCAGGAAAAUAUCCGGAACAUUAAACAUGCCGGGUCUAACAUGAAGGCUGAAGUUCUUCUGUAAUGCUGCUAUAUCCAGCCUGAACCAUGAACUCGGUGUCUCCCAGUGCCGUUCAGUACAUAGUGGGCGGUGGCGCUCAUGAGGACAAGCCCUCAGCGCAGUCCAGACACCACAACGGUCACGGCUCAGUGCCUGACGGCCUCAGAGAAGGCUCCGGAGAGCCCGAUGAAGUGGACCGCCUGAAAGCCAAGUUCAUGUCCGCAUGGAACAACGUCAAAUAUGGCUGGACCGUUAAAUCUAAAACUACCUUCAACAAGUCCUCCCCUCUGGUCCUCCUGGGUCAGUCCUAUCUGUUCAAUAGUGAAGGUGCGUCACGUGAUCUGUUGUAUUCUUUCGCGCCUCGUUCCCAGAUGAGGUGGACGGUUUCCGGUCAGCUGGAGGGAUCCAGUCUGACCACAGACUGCGGCUGGGGCUGCAUGCUGCGCAGCGGACAGAUGCUGCUGGCUCAGGGGUUACUGCAGCACCUCAUGCCUCCAGACUGGAGGUGGGCGGAUUGUCAUCCACUGACAGACGUUGAUUUCGAGGUGCUGAAGCCUCGCUCGCCCUCCCGUCCGGCUGCGAUGUCUCUCCCGUCCUUCAGUUCUUCCUGGACCAGCCCCAUUUCCCAGAGAGACCCGAGCUCUGGCAGCAGUGAGGGUCACAGGCGGACCCCGGCCCGAUAUCCUGAAGCUAGCCAUGAGCCUCAGCUGGAGGCUUUGCACCGAAAGGUGGUGUCUUGGUUUGGUGACCAUCCCUCGGCUCCUUUUGGCGUCCACCAGCUGGUAGAGCUGGGGAAGGAGUCUGGGAAGAGAGCGGGGGACUGGUAUGGCCCGUCCGUAGUGGCACAUAUGCUGAGAAAAGCAGUGGCUAGAACUGCUGAGUUUCACAACCUGGCUGUGUACGUGGCACAGGACUGCACGGUGUAUAAAGAAGAUGUCUUGAGGUUGUGUGAGUCGCCGCUGACACAGGAGCUGUCCGAGAGCUGGAAGUCCGUCAUCAUCCUAGUGCCAGUACGGCUGGGAGGAGAAUCGCUAAACCCCUCCUACAUUGAGUGUGUUAAGAACAUUCUCAAGUUAAAAUGCUGUAUAGGAAUUAUUGGAGGAAAGCCCAAGCAUUCCCUGUUUUUUAUUGGCUUUCAAGACGAGCAGCUAUUGUAUCUAGACCCACACUACUGUCAGCCAGUGGUGGACGUCACCCAAGGCAACUUCUCUCUGGAGUCUUUUCACUGUAACUCGCCUCGGAAGAUGAACUUUAGUCGUAUGGAUCCCAGCUGCACCAUCGGGUUCUACGCGCAGACUAAGAGCGACUUUGAGUCUUUGUGCUCAGCGGUCAGUGAAGCUUUGUCGUCCUCUAAAGAGAAGUAUCCCAUCUUUACAUUUGUAGAGGGCAGGGGACAGAACUAUGGACUGGAGGGGCAGAGCGGGGGGUCCACGGACGGUCCUGCAAACAUUUUCUCAUGCAACAGAAUGAGCAGGAACAGUAAGAGAGGAAGCACAGAUGAGUUUGUGCUCCUGUGAGGAGCGUAUCGCAUGUAACACAGACCCCACACCAGUGAUGCUGCACCCAAACUUCAUACAACUGCUGUUCCUCACAUCUGUGCACUGCAGAAUAUAAAGCAAACCUGGCUUUGAGAUUCUCAAGAAAACCUGUCCGAGUCAUGUUGCACCCCAAAACUAAGAACUUAUGUUUUGCAUAAAGACAACGUUGCAUUUUCCUCCAAUUUAUCAUUAACAUAAUGCCAAAAACCUUUUGUUCUCCAUACUGUAAUGUAAAAAAGCUAUAUCAUUUGAAUUGUAAUGUGUUUUUGCACUGCUUUUAAUUUAUCUAAUUUAUAAUUAAAAAGUGUUGCUUUUGAUUACUGCAUUACAGUAUGAGCAUGUUUUUGCAUUACAUUAAUGAGAAUUUCGACAUGUAAAAAUGUAAUCAUUCUAAAAAUAAGGUUAGUUUCUUAAUGCGUAAUAUAAUUUUGGGGUGACACCUGCAUUUUUUUGGUAAACUUCCCCAUCAAUGUGACAUUUGUUCAUGAAUGGAUGAGAAGCAUUUUCUAUCAUUGCAAUUUUUCAGCUGACUCAGCCACAUUAAAGGAGUAGCGCACCCAAAAAUUUAAAUUUAGCUUUAACUUCAUUUGAACAGAUUCUUGAACAGGAGAAAUUUAGCAUCACUUGCUCACCAAUGGAUCCUUUGCAGUGAAUGGGUGCCGUCAGAAUUACUCCAAACAGCUGAUAAAAACAUCACAGUAACCCACACAACUCCAGUCCAUCAAUCUUGUGAAGCAAAAAGCUGUGUGUUUGUAAGAAACAAAUCCAUUACUAAGGGAUUUUAACUUUAGACUGUUGCUUCUGGACAAAAUAUGAGCCCAUAAUGCAACAUUUUUUGCUUCUUCCAGUGAAAAAUUUGCCUUGUCAUGUAGCUUUUCAUUUCACAGAAUGUUAACUGUUGGACUGGAGUUGUGUGGGUU